GGUACACAUGGCCCCUAAAAAAAAGACGUUGCAACUGGCAAAUGAUUUUUGGACGCCUGUAGACCGCACAUCAGUUGAGCGACCGGUUGUAGGGUCAGACGAUACGACACAGGACCCUAACGAGACACAAGUGAGCGUAGAUUCUCAACAUGUACUACAUGAGUUACCGGUUGUAGGGUCAGACGAUACAACACAGAACUCUAACGAGACACAAAUGGGCGUAGAUCCUCAGCAUGUAGUACGUGAGCCACCGAUUGUAGGGUCAGACGAUACAACACAAGAUCCUAUGGAGACACAAGAUGGUGUAGAUUCUCAGCAAUUUGGAUCAUCAGCACAAUCAGUGCCUGAGACUUCACAUCAUAGCGGUUCUUCACGGGUGCCGCGUAUGUUACGGGGUGGAAAAGUUCACACAAUAGAUGAGCAGGGUAGAAGGAAUGUUAGGACUGUUGGUAGUCCUAAGGACAUAUGGCACAUACCUGAUGGGGAAAGGAUAGUGAUCCAAUUCAAUGCCGCACACCAACCAAUGGGCCCGGGUAGCGAGAAAUUUAGAAGAAUCUGUGGGAAGAUCAUAAGAAAUGGUCGUUUUAUCAAUUUGCAUGGUAACUGGAGGAAGUUACCACCAGAAGGGAAGGAACAGAUGUGGCUCGCCCUAACGUCUUAUAUUUCCAAUUAA